CUUGGACUGCACUGGAGCUGCAAGACAACUCACAGGAGAAAGAGGGGUAGGGAAGCAGGGGUAGGUGGAGGGUGAACAGAAAGACACAGCUCUCCAAAGUUUGGAUCUAACUGAAAGGAACAAGAAACCAAGAUUUGUUGAGAUGAAGCUGCUCGUUCAAAGUCUAGCCACUGCCCUGUGCUGUUUGCUGCCUUUAUGUGCCAACCUGGAUCCUGCUGGGAGAAAUGUCUGUCACAACCCUAGGGACCCCUCCACCUUGGUCUGUUGUACUGGAUGGCAACGAGAAGGAGAAGAGUGCACGAAACCUGUGUGCGAGGGGGAACAGGCCUGUUUGAAGGAUGAGCUCUGUGUAUAUCCUGGAGUGUGUCGUUGUCCACCUGGCUUCUAUGGAGCUCACUGUAAAACACGUUGUCCUGGGGAGUUCUGGGCAUCAGACUGCCGACAGCUGUGUCCUUGUUAUCCAAAUGGCCGGUGCCACGCUGUCACCGGAGAGUGCUCCUGUAACAUAAACCGCUGGGGCCCUCUGUGUCAGAAUAGCUGCAAAUGUGCCCGACACGGUCACUGUGACGCAACCCAUGGUAACUGCAGCUGUGAUGAAGGCUGGUGGUCCUCCACAUGUGCCAAACCGUGCCAGUGUAUGACUGGGAGCUCUGUGCGUCCCAGCUGUGAGCAGUCCACUGGGCGUUGCCAGUGCCAUAAGGGUUUCUGGGGCCUAAAGUGUGCUCUGACAUGUAACUGCUACAGGUCACCCUGUAGUCAACGUACUGGUGUGUGCGAGUGUGAGGAGGGCUGGUGGGGACCCAACUGUGACCGCCGCUGUAACUGUGACAGCACUCACAGUCAGUGUGAUCCCUCCAGUGGCAACUGUCUGUGCCAUACCGGGUACAAGGGAGACUACUGCAACCUGCAGUGUGAGGCAGGCACCUACGGCAGUGGCUGUAGAAUGAGGUGUGGCCACUGUAAAGACAACCAAUACUGCUCCCCUACUGAUGGUGGCUGUGCAGCCUGUGCACCGGGAUGGAACGGGACACGUUGUGACAGUCCAUGUCCAUCAGGUUUCUAUGGUGAUGGCUGUAAGCUGACUUGUCCACGCUGCAGGAAGAAAGAGCCCUGUGACCCACAAACGGGCUACUGUUGGAGGUGUGACACUGGGUGGACUGGGCAGAGAUGUGAAAAACCAUGCCCCAGUGGAACAUACGGUGAUGCUUGUGCUUUUCAGUGUAACCCCUGUCUUAAUGGAAACUGCAAUCAAGUCACUGGAAAAUGUAUUUGUGAACCAGGAUUUCAUGGAGAGAGUUGUAACAUCACCUGUCCUACUUUGCAUUUUGGGCCAAACUGUUCCUCUGUCUGUGAAUGUGGGGAGGGAGUUGGAUGCAACCCCAUCAAUGGAGCUUGCCCCCAAAGUUCUCAAGGUGCUGUGAUCGCAGGUGUAUUGGUACCUCUCUUUAUAUUUCUUCUUCUUGUGGUCCUUUGCUGUGUGUGUUGUGGGGAAGCUCCAUUAGACAGCAAAGACAGGGCACUUGUCGCUGAGGGGGGACUGUCAGUGCGUAUUAAGUAUCGUGUCUACAGCGUAUUAGCUAACAUUGGUGCUGCUUUGCCUUGCAUCUCUGAUUGGUCCACUGGUCUUCCCCGAGUCACUGUGUCACAUCAUGAUCCAGAGCUGACGUUUAACCACAGCUUCAUUGAGCCCCCUUCUUGUGGCUGGGCAACAGAAGGCUCAUCCUUUGAGAGCGAUGAGGAAGAGGCAGAGGCUCUGUACUGUGUCCCCCCAAGAGAAGACAUUCCAGCGGCGGCAGGAGAUGAGUUUCAGGAGUUGAGCUCAAAAUGCAACAUGUUCUUGGACCCCUCCGGCUUCAGCAGCGAGGACAUUAAUUCACCUUUUAACAUUCCGCGAACGUCCAGUCUCGCCAAGGCCAAGCGCCCAUCUGUGUCUUUUGCUGAAGGCACACGAUUCAGCCCUAAAGAGAGACGUGGCUCUGGUCAGGAGAUUUUCACACCCUCUGGACAUCCACGCACUAAACCCAAAACCAGCUGGGGUGUUUUGAUGGUCUCAGCCUUACAAGGGCAAGCUGCAAAAACUGGGGAGGAGAACAGAAUUGAGGGCAGUAGCUUGGAGGAAAAGGGUAGUAAUCAGGAGAUAGAAAUGGGUGGGGGGAAUGAAGAAUUGGAGAAAAACCAAAGCCCUCCACCAGGUGGUGCUGUUCAGGACAAUAGAGCAGGAAAAGGCAGGACCAUAUUCCACACAAAUGCUCAUAAAAGAUGUCAUGCCACUGCAUCUGAUAGUCAGGUGACUGCCACCAAUAAAGUGACUACAGUGUACGUAACAGUUGGCAAAGCAGGGCGACCGGUGGCAAAGGCUGAAUCCAGUACAGAGGGUCCAGUCCAGUUUAUGUUAAGAAGACUUGGAAGUCUGCAACGACAGAAAGACCAAGAAUCAGACAGAAGUAAGUCUAAAGGAGCUGAGGGCAUCACUAAACCCCCCCGAAGGAAGCUGGGUGCUCGGGUAAACCUAUGGGAGCAAGGGGAGCACCCUGUAUCAGAUACAAGCGUCUGUAAGCCAAUCAGAAGAAAGCAUGCUCAAAACAACCCUAUAGAAGCUGCAACAGGUGAUCAGACUACCUCAGCAGACAGUCCAAAAAGACCCCUGUCAUUCAUAUUAAACAGUGUACCAGAAGUGGCUCCAGUUCACCAAGGAGGGGAGGAGGGGAGAGGUGAGGAAGAGUCAAGUCAGGGCCAAAGUGAAAGCAACUAUCUGACGGUGGGACCAGCAGGCCAUGCCCACAGUGAGGUGAUAGUAAAUGACAGGGCAGUGGGUAGAGACUGUGAAGAGCCCUGCUAUGAAAAUGUUAUGGUAAAACAAUUAUGACUUUGUAAACCUUGUAAGUUCAGUAUGUCUAUGUUAACUUGUAUUUACCUCAGUUUAGUACUGUAAAAAGUAUUUAUUCUAUUUUUUACAAUUUAUUCUACAACACAUUUUACACAUUAUU